GAAAUGCCCUGCUUUAAUUCUUGUGGAUGAGGGAGUGAGAGGGCCUGCCAGACCACAAAAUAACACCCCAGCCAACUAACCUACUUUCAGCUGCAGAGGGCAAGAUCACUGGGGAAAGGCAAAUGGAAACCAAGAAUCUGGGAUCCAGGAGGAGCUGAGCUUAAUGACCAAAAACCAGAUGGGUCCUCUCCCUCCUGCAAAUGUGCACUUUGCAGGGCUUGUCACAGUCUAUUAAAAGAGAGAGAGACAGACAGGCACAUUCCAACAGAAGGCUGGCCUGGAGGGAGCCUUUCUUUUGUUGAACCAGCAACAGACAUGGAAACAGGCUCUGUUACAAGUGGAGGAGCUGAGGCAAUCUGAGAAUUUGAGGGACACUGUGACGACAUGAUGAAUAAAAUGAAGAGAGGACUUCUGUGUCUCUGCCUGCUUUGUGGAGUCGUCUUCACUUUGCCCAGUCAGGAAAUCCACAGCCGAUUCAGAAGAGGAGCCAGAUCAUACAGAGUGACCUGCAGAGAUGAGAAGACGCAGAUGGUGUACCUGCAGCAUGAGUCGUGGCUGCGCCCCGGGCUCAGGAGCAGCCGGGUGGAGUACUGCUGGUGCAACAGCGGCAGGUCGCAGUGCCACACGGUCCCCGUCAAAGGUUGCAGUGAACCAAGGUGCUUCAAUGGGGGCACGUGCUGGCAGGCUCUGUACUUCUCCGAUUUCGUCUGCCAGUGCCCUGAAGGAUUUAUUGGGAAAAGCUGUGAAAUAGAUGCCAGUGCCACAUGCUACAAGGACCAGGGUAUCACUUACCGGGGCACCUGGAGCACGGCGGAAAGCGGGGCCGAGUGCACCAACUGGAACAGCAGCGCACUGACCCUGAAGCCCUACAACGGGCGGAGGCAGGAUGCCCGCAAGCUGGGCCUGGGCAACCACAACUACUGCAGAAACCCUGAUGGAGACUUGAAGCCUUGGUGCUAUGUCUUUAAGAUGGGAACAUACACCACUGAGUUCUGCAGCACGCCAUCCUGCUCCAACAGAGAAAACGGAGACUGCUACUCUGGAAGAGGGUUGGCAUACCGGGGCACCCACAGCCUCACCACAUCUGGUGCCUCUUGCCUCCAGUGGAAUUCUGUGAAACUGAUAGGCAAGAUUUAUACGGCACAGAAGAGCAAUGCCCAGGCCCUGGGCUUGGGCAAACAUAAUUACUGCCGAAAUCCAGAUGGGGAUGCCAAGCCCUGGUGCCAUGUGCAGAAGGACGGCAAGUUGACCUGGGAGUUCUGCGACGUGCCGCAGUGCUCCACCUGUGGCCUGAGACAGUACAAGCAGCCUCAGUUUCGCAUUAAAGGAGGGCUCUUUGCGGACAUCGCCUCUCAUCCCUGGCAGGCCGCCAUCUUUGUCAAGAACAGGAGGUCACCUGAAGAGAGGUUUCUGUGUGGAGGGAUACUGAUCAGCUCCUGCUGGGUCCUGUCUGCUGCUCACUGCUUCCUGGACAGGUUUCCUCCCCACCACGUCAAAGUGGUCUUGGGCAGAACAUACCGGGUGGUCCCUGGAGAGGAGGAGCAGACAUUUGAAGUAGAAAAAUAUAUUGUCCAUAAGGAAUUCGAUGAUGACACGUACAACAAUGACAUUGCCCUGCUGCAGCUGAAAUCGGAUUCACUAUCCUGUGCCCAGGAGAGCAACGCUGUCGCCACUGUCUGUCUGCCUGAGGCUGACUUGCAGCUACCUGACUGGACAGAAUGUGAGGCUUCUGGCUACGGCAAGCAUGAAGCAUCUUCUCCUUUCUAUUCUGAGCGGCUAAAAGAGGCUCAUGUCAGACUGUACCCAUCUAGCCGCUGCACAUCCCAGCAUCUGUUUAAUAGAACCAUCACAAACAAUAUGCUGUGUGCCGGAGACACCCGAAGUGGAGGGAACCAAGCAAACCUGCACGACGCCUGCCAUGGUGACUCAGGAGGCCCCUUGGUCUGCAUGAAGGACAACCGCAUGACUUUGGUUGGAAUCAUCAGUUGGGGCCUUGGCUGUGGACAGAAAGAUGUUCCAGGUAUAUACACCAAGGUCACUAAUUACCUAGACUGGAUUCGAGACAAUAUGCGACCAUGACCAAGAAGACCCAACCCCGGAUAGCAAAUGAUAUCCCUCCUUCUUCCUUUUCAGAAGCCACACUGCAAAGCUUUCUCUAUAAACCAUCAAGAGAAGUGGGAGGAGAACUGGUGUGAGAGGGCAGAGUAUAUAUUUCCACAAAUACUUCCCAUGUUGGAAGUUUUCAGGAGUGAGGGUCUGAUUUCAGAACUAUUCUGUCAGACAGGAGAGCAGAUAAAUAAAUGCCACCCCCACGCCCCCAGGAAUGCCACCCUCUGGGGCAGAAGAGAGGUAGCACAAAAACCCACCUCCUAGUCAGUCAAUGUGAGCAGCUUUGGAAAUGGGACCACAAAGAGAAAGCGCAUCUCAACAGUGAAAAAGAACUAGAUCCUUCAGGAAAGAAGGAUUGCAUUAGAAAUAGAAUGUAUACAGUUGGGAGAAAACCCAACAGGGCCUCCCAUUAAGAGAUGGUCUGGCUGGCCAGAUGGGAUGUUUCUCUCAGAAACAUCAUGUUCCUCAAAACCAUCCUUUAAAUCAAAGAUUCUCCUUUCCCUUUCCUCCACUCCAAAGCUCCUGGAAGAUACUCGUUACUUUUGUGUACAGUGUAAAUCUUUCUUCUUUAUAAACUUUAUAACAGGCCAGGAGGAUUGUAUCACUUUAAUAAUAGAUGAAAUAUGAUUUAGCAUAUUUAUGACUAUCAGUCCAUUUUAGUUCUUACUGUUGCCAUGACCCUGUAUUAUACUGUACUGAAAUAAUAAAUUGAUAUAUUUUUCACAUUUUUUUUCCAAA